GUGGGAGCCAUGGACUCGGCGCCAGCCUUCGCCAUGGACAAGCCGUUCGCCCCCGGCACCGUGCGCGGUCCGGAGCCUCCCGAAAACCCCCAGGGCCGGAAAAACUUCAGCGUGAGCCACCUCCUCGACCUGGAGGAGGUGGCGGCCGGCAUGAACGGGACCCCCCCCGCCGGCCCCCCACCCGCCGGGGGCGGCAAGGCGAUGCCGGAGCCGUCGGGAGGCAGCAGCGGCAGCGAAGCAGCGCCCCAGGACGGCGAAAGCCUGAGCCCAAGCCGCGGGGCGGCCAAGAGGAAGAAGAAGCAGAGGAGGAACCGCACCACAUUCAACAGCAGCCAGCUCCAGGCUCUGGAGAGAGUCUUUGAGAGGACGCACUACCCCGACGCCUUCGUGCGGGAGGAGCUGGCCAGGAGGGUGAACCUCAGCGAGGCGAGGGUCCAGGUCUGGUUUCAGAACCGGAGGGCCAAGUUCCGCCGUAACGAGAGGGCGAUGCUGGCCAACAGGUCAGCGUCGCUCCUCAAGUCCUACAGCCAAGAAGCCGCCAUUGAGCAGCCCAUGGCACCGCGGCCCACGGCGCUCAGCCCCGAGUACCUCUCCUGGACCAGCACCUCCCCGUACAGCACUGUGCCGUCCUACAGCUCCAGCGGGACCGCGACGCCCACCCAAGGGGUGAACAUGGCCAACAGCAUUGCUAGCCUGCGCCUCAAAGCCAAAGAGUUCAGCCUCCAUCAGAACCAGGUGCCGACCGUGAACUGACCGGGGGAAACCCCCCCGUGGCCUCAUCCAGGACGCAGAGUGGGGUCCUGCACCGGCCGGCACGACCCCGCCGCCCACCCAACGGCUCAGCACCUCUCCUCUCCUCUCCUCUUCCCUUUUGAAGGUAGAGUCAAGUCCCAGUCCGAAGUGGCACAUAAUUAUAGCCACAUAUGGAGCAAACUUGGUUAGAAACUUGCUUUUCCGCACACCCUUAUAAUAAAGGCUAUAUAUACACACACAUACCCCCCGCACGCUCUUCGAGGACAAACAGACUUGCCAAGCGAACAAGAAUUUGCUUCCAAACAUGGAAGGAUCUUGGACUUUUGGAUUUGACCAAUUUGGGUAUCUUGCCUGGAGAGCCAAAGAGUUAUUGGGUCUUCUCCUCCCGCAGGGCCGGCAUGCAACGCCGGGAGGAUCACGAAGCUGUGUGAGACCGAUCUUUAGGGCCCCCCCUUUGUGCUGGGCUGCCACCCGCGGCGCUUGCCCGUGCGGCCGAAGCCGACCCGUGCCUUCACCUCCUUGUGCAUCGCCAGCCGUGGGGCUCGGCAGAGACUUUUGCAAGCCAAAGGCUCUUUCCCAGUGCCUGUGCCACUGGGCUCUGCCCCUCCCCAGAGGAGUGAGUGGGGUUGGAGCAUCCCAAAAUCCUCACCGGGAGCCCUCGAGCUGUGGGGGGACAUCGCCGCACCCCGGCCAGGCACCACCGCCCUACGGCCGUGGGUUUGCCAGCAAUCCUGCAGAGCCCCAGGUCAUUGAACCGUCCCAGGGAAAGAGAAAAUUGGAAAAAGCUGUUGGUUUCAGCUGAGUAGGCGGCUCCCGGCGCUUCGUGCCAACGGCAGAGCCGGCUUCAUCUUCCGGAGGCACAGCCUCCCCGGCGGCAGCUCCGCAGAUGUGCCGCGGAGCCCGCGGCCGGAGGCUCCAUGGGGCAUUUUUGUGUUUGUGCUGAAAGGAAAUGGUUUCCCCCUCGCCCCACCCCAGCACGCAGCCAAACGAGGGGGCUCCGUUUUGCAAAGCGGGCCCGGGAGAGGCAGCCUCACCCCGGGCCUCCAACACCCACGUUGCAGCGAUGCAGGACGAGCCAGUGGUGGGGUGGUGGAGGUUGGAUCCCAGGGACAGUGUCCUCGGGAGGCCACGGAACCCUCUGCAAGGAGCAGCAGCCCAGCGCCAGGUUGGACGGGUGGAGAAGGCACCAGCCCUGCCUCUGCAGAAGGGCUUCACCCAGCCAGGCCAGUGGAGCAAAUACCGAGUGGACAAAUCUCAGAAUCACAGGGGUUGGAAGGGACCUCGAGAGAUUACCAUUGAAAUACAGCAGCAGAACCCAGGGUGAAGGCAGGGAUCACUGAGAUAAGCACCCACCAGUGCGCAAAGCCAAGGCCAAAAGCACCCAAACCCCUCGCAUGCCCACCCGAGAGCAUCCUGUCCCUCUUUCCCCAGGGCUCUGGCUGCAGCCCUGCAUGGUUCCCAGCGGUGACACCAGGACCUCGGGGACACCCCAGGUGGUGCCUGCCCGGGGGCUUCACCCAGUGCAUGGAACCCCCACGGCAGCCAAGCUGGGGGCAAGCCUGGCCCCUAACCUGCUCCAACCUCCCUGCCCCAUGCUCUGCAGCCGGCGGGGGCACAACCAACACUGCCCACCCCCCCUGGAGGUACAGUCACCCCAAUGGGGGUACAGCCACCCCAAAUGCCCAACCUGGACCCCUAGUCCUUCUUUUCUCCCCUGUGCUCAGUGGGAAGGACACAGCUCCCCGGACAGCCACAGCGAGACACCGCAGGGACCUUGUAGAGCUGCCGGGGUGGGGGCAGAUUCCCCAUAGAGCAACCCCCCCUCCCCCAGGAACAACUCUGGGGCGGGGGGGCGAGGGGGUCCCAUUCCCAUGGAAAACACGGGGCUCUUUUUCCAGUCAUAUGAGAUGAAACCACAGGGAUAUAAAUGUCGCUGCCUCUUUGCGAGCAUUAAUGAAAAUAAACCCAUCUAAUAGUUUGCAGAUGCCGUUUCUGUAAACCUAAAAAAAGCAGGGAAUAAAUAUUUCUUCACUAAAUAUCUAUAUGUAUAUAUAUAUUUGAAAACAUUCGUUCCUAAUCUUCGGGCCCCUCCUUCGCCACGCUCUUGGCAGCUUAUCACGGAUUGUCAGUCAGCGUCGAAGGCUCACCGAGACGAGACGCAAAUUGCACCCACGGAGGGAUAUCAGGACGGAGGGAUUAGUGUAACCUGAGCUUGCUCUCUCCCUUUCUAUUUGUACAUUUCAAUUACUUGUAACAAGAUCCACGGUGGAUUUUUAAUUUUUUUUUUUUGCAUGUCUGUGUUUUUGGAAAUUUUUUGUAAGGUUUUUGUAAAAACAACUCUUGUGAAAUAAUGGAGGAAUAAAUAUUUUACU